AUGGAAAUCGGUUGCGGUAGUGGCUACAUCAUCACAAGCCUUGCCCUUAUCCUUAAAUCCGAAUCAAACUCCCACUCCCCUCAUUUUUUCGCAACCGACGUCAACCCCCACGCCACAAACGUGACACGCGAAACCCUCGAAGCACACGGGGUCCACGCAGAGAUCCUGACAACCAACAUCACCUCCGGGCUCGAGAAACGCCUGGCGGGGAUGGUGGAUGUCAUGGUGGUUAACCCGCCGUACGUGCCGACGCCCGAGGAGGAGGUGGGCGGCGGAGGGUUGUCGGCGGCGUGGGCAGGGGGUGAAAAUGGAAGAAGUGUGAUUGAUAGGAUUUUGCUGGUGGCGGAUAAUUUGUUGUCGGAUAGAGGGUGGUUGUAUAUGUUGUUUCUUGCGGCGAAUGAUCCGUUGCAGAUUUGUCUUGAAAUGAGGGAUAAAGGUUAUGGUGCGAAGAUUGUGGUUCAAAGGUCAACGGAGGAAGAGACUCUUCAUGUGAUUAAGUUUUGGCGAGAGUUUGAUGGUCAGUUGGAGGGAAAUGAAGCGGGGUCCACGCCGAAAUCGGCUCCGCAAAGGGGGUGGGAUUUUAUAUUUUCGCAGAUUUCGCGAUUUCGGGAGACAAAGUAG